AUUAGCAGUAGGGGUGUGGCCACAGUCUUGACUGACAAUGAUGGGGAAGAGGCCAGCGCUGGGUCUGUGUCUGUACACAACACACAGCCAGAGAUCGCAUACAAAGAGUGGAGGUGGACUAACUUGAGAAGGGAAUCGAGUGUUCGUCUGAUGUAUGUGUCUCUGUUGCAAGCUAUGACCAGCACAGCCACAGAAGGCUCGAUAGUAGCUGGCUGCGUAGUCACUGCGGACCGGGUCGGUCUGUUUUUCUUUUCACUGCAGUUGUCAGACCUAAGACACUCCUGGAUCUUGUGCAGCAUUACUGAGGAAAAAAAGAGCAUACACCUCGUUUAGCUGCCUGGUGUCGCGAGAAUCCAGAUUGUCGAGUUUCACCGACAGUUCUUGAACCAUCUUCUGCUCUUCAUGCUGGAACCAGGACUGCAGCAAGAGGGGACGGGGGGUCACACGCGCAAGUACUGAGCCAUAUACAACCUGGUGGGCAUUGAACAAGAACUGCCGUGAGGCCAGCAAGAUGACGAUCGUCCACACCACCACGAAGCCCAGCACAGUGUAAGGCGAGACUAUCCGCAUAUUCCCCAGCUAGCUAGAAAGUACAUACAACGGUACCACGCCGACCCCCACAAAACACUACCAGCCGCGCCGCGGCGCGUGUGGGGUCAAAGGGCACAGGCUGCAAAAGCCAAGAAGCCCAAACGGUGGUUAGCAAUGUCUGAGACAUAUAGAGAGGGUCAGUUGGUGUGGGCGAAGAUGAGAGGACACCCUCACUGGCCGGCUAAGGUCGCUCGGUCACCAAAGGGGCAGUCACGGCCUCAGGGAAAGUUCUGGAUAUUUUUCUACGGCACUCACGAGCAUGCCUGGCUGCCUGCAGCAGACCUCUGCACCUAUGAGGAGAACAGGCGAAAGUUCUCACUGCCCAAGAAGGUGCGGGGUUUUGCGGAGGCCAUUUGGGAGAUCGAGGAGGACCCUGAUCUGGUCAUAACUCUUGGGAAACCUUCCAGCAAGAGACGUCGAAGGUCGGUGCAGCCAGACAGGAGUGGGCAGCCUCAAGAUGGCAGCUGCGAGGCAGCAAUGGAGCAGGUGUCCUCUGUUGUGGCUGAGGAGGGUUUGUCUACCACCCCACCAUGCAAACCUCUGCCUCCCCUUCCUUACCCCUCUUCAUCUAAACCACAAGUGCCUGGCCAACCUCGCUACAUGACACGAAGGCAGAAGCGAAGCAGUGAAGGAAUUGUAGCCCACAUACUGAGAACUUUGCAGCAAGAAUGGAGCUGAAAUCUCCGCAAAUGAAGUCUUCAGCUGCUGUGGAUGAUGAAACUCCUAGUCUCCAGUGCAACCAAUCUUUGGAGAAAGAGGAGGGGCAAGAUGAAGGGAACAGUUUGAGAGGCCAGGUGGCACAGAAUGUGGCUGACACUGUGACACACUCUAAGAGAGAGAGGAAAUCGGAGAGAAAAACACGCAGUAACAGUUGUUUGUCAAGUGAUUCAACUCCAAGCAGCAGUGAAACCACUUUGCCAGCAGUGAACUCAGUGGAAGAAGAGGUCAUGGAGGAGUCUGAGGAAGUAAGAAGAGUCGAGGAGACAGCAUUUGAGGAAGCUGUGACUGCUGAAGAGAUGAAGGAGGAAGGGGAGGGAGAGAGUGUAGUGGAAGUGGGAGGAGGAGAGGAUGAAACUGAAAUGAUAGAGGCUGAAGCAGAAAGGAGAGUGGAAACUGACAAAGAGAAGGUGGUGGAGGCUGAAGCAGAGGAGGAGGAAAGAAGAGGAGAAGAAAUGGUUGGAGAUGUUGAGACAGAGAGAGGGAAUGGGGCAGUAAAGAAUAUUGGUGAUAGUGUAGAGAGGUCCAGUGAGGUGGUUGAACCUACCAGCCAGCAACCCUUGUCAACAUGUGAAGCAAUUCCUGAUAAUAAGGAAAAGAAAGGUUACCUGCCAAGGUUCAGUGUGCAUAAGGACAUGCCAGGCACUGAGGUGUUGAUGGUUUUGAACUAUAACCUGAAGGCCAGCCUCUCUCUGCAGGCAUUUGACGUUCCAGGUGCCAUGGCUACACUGCAGCAGCUACAGAGUGUGCAGAUGACAGCCAAAGACCUACAACUAGUACCAGACGUUGUGGCCACUCUCAGAAAGGUCAGACGUUUCUCUGGAGAUGUGCGUGUCCGUGAACUAGCCGAAGAGGUGUACUGCUCAAUGAAAACCUUGUUUGAAAGCCCGGGAUGCCAGGCCACACCCCCUACACAAGGAGUGAGGAGGAAGAUGAUGGUGACUAGAGGUGGUAUGGGAGGAAAGGCCCCAAGUACGAGGACUGUUGGGAAGAGGUCAACACGCAGUAAGCCGGCAGUGGAUACUGAUGUUCAGCAGCCACAUGGCUCAGAUGACCAGACUGUUCCUACACUCCAGUCAGAACCGUGACAGGAUGUAUCACAUGACAGCAAUAGACACGCAGUAUAAUUAUACAGUGUCUGACAAAACAAAACAUGUAAGGGGUCCAGUUGUACAUUAUGACGUGGAGCCACUACAGGUGGAGUAGUUGGAGCACAGUGCUCCUGUUUUGGAGUAGAAAGAGACUGCACAAGAGUGGGCCCUACCUGUCCUCUGCUCAAAGGUGUGGCAGGUGGUGAUGGGAGGACUGUACAGGUGCAGGGACACUGCGGGGUCAGUGUGGCUGGUGUUUUGGAUGCGGUGAAGUCCCACAGAAUCUGCAGAGACCAGUCUACAUUACACCCACACUCCUAGUCGCCUGCCUACCAUUGAUGUAGGUGACUGUGUCGGUGCACAGGUCGCAGGUGGCAAGUUCCGCCAUGGGCCGAGUACCAGAGUGGCUGCUGUCAGGCCAGGAGUAUUGAACCUCCUGCAGACUACCGUCCAUCACUCGCAUGAAACAGUGCGAGUUAGCGUGGUCGUGGAUGGAUCUGCAGCAGCACAGCCAUUCGACUCGAGGUGUAAUAGGUCUGCUCAUAACUUACGAGGCGUGGCCUUCUCCCCAGCACAGAAUUAUGAGGUUGUAACGACCAUUACCCUCGUCUACAAGAUUCCGUGUGUAUCUGGAAGGCACGUGUUUACACAGCUAGAAUUCAGCACAAACGUCAAGGUGAUAUAAGUACCUGUGGGCAUCAAACUUUGCGUAGGGUUCCCAGUCUUCCCGCUUCGACUUGUACGAGGAUAGGAGUAGCUUUACAACGUCAAUGUCAACCUUAUCCGUUGAAAACGCCUGGCGAAUCCCAGCAAGCAAGUCUUGCCACGACGAAGUUGGAGCGACGCCCUGGACUCCGUCCUCCAUGUUUGUUUACGGGAAACGCAUGCGCAUACCCUUGCACUCCAUUGUGACCGAAUAUGGUCAAUGAGUUUAGCGGUGGAACACAUGCAGGAAGUAGAGGUUGAUUAGCUCAGAGAGACGGUGGCAGGCAACCUACAGCCCUUCCGUCUGACAGUUGCAGACUCGAGUCUUGUGGAAGUUGGCUCAGCAUGUCUGCGACAAAGGGAUUAUUCGUUCGUUCCAGUAAAUUUCGCCAUGUUUUCGGGACUCCGGCGAAGAAGGACAAGUGCUACGACAACUUGAAGAUCUCUAAGGGCCCUCACGAGUCGGAUAUGAGCGCUGUAAACUCCAAAUUCAUCGCAGUAGUGACGGAAGUGCGAGGCGGCGGGUCCUUCAUCGUGUUGCCCCUUGAGAAAGUUGGCAGGAUAGACAUUAACUAUCCAAAGGUGACUGGUCACAGAGACCCGGUGUUGGAUGUGGCGUGGAAUCCAUUCAAUGAGAACGAGGUAGCCUCAGCCUCUGAGGACUGCACCAUUAAGCUGUGGGACAUCCCUGAUGGCGGGCUGACUGAGGACAUGAAGGAUCCAUCACUCACUCUCGAGGGGCACCAGAAGAAGGUUGGGCAUAUUCGCUGGCACCCAUCCGCUACCAAUGUCCUGGCGUCUGCUUCUGCUGACAACACAAUUCGUGUUUGGAACACUGAGACAGGCGGAGUUCUGUCAGCAACUGGAGCGUUUCCAGACAUGAUCCAGUCCAUUUGCUGGAACUACAACGGUUCACGUAUAGCUACAACAUGCAAAGACAAGAAGAUCCGAGUAGUGGAUGCUCGGACAGGUGAUGUGUUGCAGGAGAACAAAGGGCAUGAUGGAAACAAACCAUCUCGUGUGGUGUUCUGUGGCAAAACAGACAAACUCUUUACUUCUGGAUUCUCUCGUAUGAGUGAGCGGCAAUUUGCGCUCUGGGACGUGAAUCAUAUGGACAAACCUCUUGCCAUGGAGGUCAUCGACAAUGCAUCUGGUGUCCUGUUCCCAUUCUGGGAUGAUGGUACUAACAUGGUCUAUCUUGUGGGGAAGGGAGACACAAAUAUUCGGUAUUUCGAGGUGACGGAUGAGAGUCCAUAUGUGUUCUUCCUGAGCAUGUACCAGAGCAGUGUUCCUGCACGCUCUGUAUGCUCCAUGCCAAAGAGGCACAUGGACUUCAUGAAAUGCGAGGUCAUGAGGUUCUUCAAAGUCCAGCACACAAAAGGCCUAGUGGAGCCCCUCUCAAUGACAGUUCCGAGGAAGUCAGAGAUGUUCCAGGGAGACAUCUUCCCGGCAUGUCCCUCAGAGGAGCCAGCCCUCACUGCAGAGGAGUGGAUCAGUGGGACCAACAAAGACCCCAUCCUCAUGGAGUUCAGCAGUGAAGGUGCUGGUAGUGGGCCAGUGAAGAUAAAAGCAGCAGCUGCCAAGAAGAAGCCAACUGUUAGGACCGCAGCUGUGUCCUCUGCGGCUCCCAGUGCUCCUGGAGAAUUUUCUACACUAGAAGAGUACUGUCAAGGUUGCACAGAGUUGGAAAAUGUCAACUUUGAGCUUUACCGAAAGGCCUACAAGUUGCUGGAGGAGGAGAACAAAAUGCUGAGAGCAAAGCUAGGAAUGUGAAUUGGACUUGUAUUAUAAGUAGUAGUUCAAUGAUUUUUCAUUUGCAGUGUGAACAAAGUGUAAUAAUGUGUCCAGUAGUCAUUUUAGCAGCUGUAUCAGAUGCUAGAGCACUUGUACAUCAUCUUUAAAAUUGUUUAUCAGCACACUGCAGCAGAGAGAUAAGAGACAAUUUGACUUGCGUAAUUAGAACUGUGA